CAGUUCUUACUUAUAAAAGCUUAGGCAAAUAUCUAUCCAAAAGCGUGGAAAGAGAGUGAGCGAUUGGAGAAGGAAGAAGAUGGCUACGUUCACUAGGUCGAUCUCUGUCUCGCUUCUCUGGGCUUUGAUCAUCUUUGGAACCCUAACUCUAAUUCAGGCAAAGAAGGCAAAGGAUGGAAGCUUGAAGGAAAUAACUCACAAAGUAUAUUUUGAUGUUGAGAUCGAUGGAAAACAUGCUGGUCGUAUUGUCAUGGGUCUCUUUGGGAAAACAGUACCUAAAACCACAGAAAAUUUCCGAGCACUUUGCACAGGGGAGAAAGGUGUUGGAAACAGUGGGAAACCUCUCCACUACAAAGGGAGCACGUUCCACAGGAUUAUUCCCAGCUUUAUGCUCCAGGGAGGUGAUUUUACACUUGGAGAUGGAAGAGGUGGAGAAUCAAUCUAUGGAGAAAAGUUUGCUGAUGAAAACUUCAAAUUGAAGCACACUGGACCAGGGUUUCUUUCAAUGGCAAACGCUGGUCGAGAUACCAAUGGUUCUCAGUUCUUCAUCACUACAGUCACAACUAGCUGGUUGGAUGGCAGACAUGUUGUGUUCGGCAAGGUGAUCUCUGGGAUGGAUGUGGUGUACAAAAUUGAAGCUGAGGGAACACAGAGUGGCACACCCAAAAGCAAAGUAGUCAUUGUAGACAGUGGCGAACUUCCACUGUGAUUGCCUCACCUUUUUGGUCACAAUCGUCACGCUCAUCUUCAAUCUCCAUAAACAGUGGUUUUUUUUUUUUAUUAUAACUGCAUCUAUUUGUACUAUGAGUAUGCUUUAGAAGUCACUCUAAACACCAAAAUGUUCUGAGGGCAUUAAUCUAGAAGUUAAACGCGUUUGUUCACUUCCUAA